CAGAGGGAAGAAAAGUGAGAGGUUUCUUAGUAGAAAAGGAACAUUGGGACAGAGCACAGGGUCUAGGCCCACCAUGAAGUCCAGAUGGAUUGCCUUAUCCAUAUUCCUGCAGGCCCAAGUCAUAUCAACAGCUCUCUAUUGCGUUACCCUAGCAGUGACAGCUUUCAGUUGGUCUUCACUGUAUGCCCAGAUAUUUGGACUGUUGGACCCCAGGCUGUGUUAUAUCCUGGAUGGGCUUCUGUUCAUAUACGCCGUGAUUGUCACCGCACUCUUCUUUAGAGAGAAGUUGACUCAGAAAAUCCCAGAGCCAGUUGGAUACAGGGACAAUAAUUAUGACGAACUCAACCCCAGCGGCCAAAGUAAAUAUGAUGCUCUGAAUGUCCGGAGAGAAGAGAAGGCAGCAAGGAGACAGAAACCGUCAGAGACUGAUUCAACUUAUACAGGUCUCCAGAGAGAUAAAAUGAGUGACCCCUACAGUGAUAUCAGACCAAAGCAGCCGCAGAAGCGGCAGGGGAAGAAACACGAUCCAGUGUACCAGGGACUACACUCGGGUUCUCGAGACACUUAUGACGCCCUCCACAUGCAGCCGCUUCCCCCUCUGCCCUGAGCAGGACAACGUGGUGAUGAUUAAGACUCACAAGAGGAUUCCUCCCAAUCCCCAAAUCCGCACACUCAAUUGCUUCUCUUUUAUUGCCCUCCAAUUAAAGGGAUAGGCCACCAUCAGUCUGAGGACUCAUGCUGGUUUUUUAUUUUGCACCAAGAUCUCGGAACUAUUGUCUUUCUAAAGAAUAGCUUAAUACUAUCUAAGUUAUUUGCUUCCCACCGGAGCCAUUGCAAGUGGAAAGGCAUAAAACAAAUGGAAUGGCUUCUCCAUGCAGAGUAUGCUUUCCGCUCUAUAGGGUGUCAAAGGAGGCGGGACUAAUGUGCUUAGCGCUGACUGGCAGACACACCCUCUUCUUUCUCUCAAACUGUCAGGCUGAGCAGCAGCACAGGAAGCCCCGCCCCCAGACACACAUUACAGAGCAGAAAGCACACUCUG